AUGCUAAUCUUCUCUGUAUUAAACAAAUUGACCAGGUGCCCGAAGGCGUAUCACCACAUUAUGGCCUUGCAAACGGGCACUCAAACUGCCUUUCUUGACCUACCAAACUUCAAACUUCAAUUAGAAAGCCGAUAUCGAGCUUCAAACUCUCACUAUCUCCUCCCACAGCCAUACUCAUCCAGCGGUAUAAAUAGCACAGCUAUUCCACUGCCGCAUGCCCUCUCAACUUCAUUGUCUUCACUGCGACAGAAAUUGGAUAGAGUAGGACGAAAGGCAGAAGGUACCCAGAUCCCCUUGGAGCUUAUGACGCAGAGCGGCUCAGAGGGUAGACCCAAGAUGAGAGGCGAUCGGGGAGGUAGCUGCGACGACGGAGGAGGCUGUGGAGAGUAUGUGGAUGAUAAGAAUAUGGAGGAAUAUGAACUAUUGAUCAUGCGCAAUUUUCAUCUUUUAGGUCAGUCCAACCUCGCCAUUAGAUUUGUAAUGAUAAAACAUGUUUGGCCAGGCGAAAGCGCUUUAUUACCUCACAGCCAAAAAAGUCAAUACUACACGCUAAACGUCCCGCUACAACUGGAAAUUCGGAAGAAGAAAGCUGAACUGCUUGGGCCAAUGACUUGUGGUGACUCGCCGAGCCGAAGUACAUUCAGUACCUUGGUUUUCCUUCAUCCCUUCGGACUUCCAUUCAACUACCCGGCUACCUCAGCCACCUCUCAAACUAACCCCUUCGGAAACUUAGAAGCGAAACUUUUAGCUUUCUCAUCUCUAGGAUUCCAAAGAUACGACAAUACCCACUCCACUACUGCCCUCAGUAUUGUCCGUCAUCCGAGCGAAAACACGGAAUUAAUUAUCAAUACAAUUACGACUCCAGGCAAUCCUGUGCCACGUCUUGGAAUAACAAGGAGUGCGAGGGCAAUCGCAUUCGGCAUCAUAUUCCCCCUUCUUGCAAGUCGCUUCAGCUUUGCAAGAAUAUUUGAAGAGACUCCGGCUUUGGGCCACGUGCUGCUGAUACGGUUAGCACGAGGAAACUCUAUAUGGCUCGCGAAAGUUCUACUUAUCCAAGACUAA